GCAAUUUACUUCCUCUUUCGAUUUCGUCGUUCUAAAUGGACCAGCCAAGUUACACUUAUCACGCUGUUGAUGUUGAAGAAGUCACUUUGGGAGAGAAGGAAAACGCUAGAAUGGUUCAAUCUAGGAAUAUAUGUGAAUAUUUUAAAAAGCCGCUAAGAAUGAUCUCUUAUUUGUUCGUACCCAUAUGGGACUUCAUCAUGUUCUUAAAACGGCCAUUCACCUCCUCGAGCAAACAAUUGUCAGACCGAGAAACAUAUGUCACCCAACUAGAACAUCGCCUCGCACAUUUGCAAAACGUUCAAGACGAACUACGUAGAGCGACUUUAGAGAAAGAAGACCUACAGACACGACUGAGCGCUGUUAUGUCAUCAAAACUACGUGACAACAAUCCGAACAUCGCCGAUCUCAGUGACCAGUUCAGGCCUACAAAACUGGCAGAGAUGUUCAGUGAACUGUACGACAACCAGUGGACCACCGCAUACUCGACCGUGAAUAGAAUAAUGUAUGGAGCGGAAAGAGAAACCAUUGAUUUCCUACUGGACAUGUUCAUGAUUACAAACGUGUUUUGUUAUGCGGAGAUAGAGGAUUCUUGGCAGUAUUUGACAAGAUGGUUCCUUGUAGAGGAGGACAAGAAUGAUGCGAUUUUGACGAAACCACUGAAAGAUCGCAGAAAGCGAGGAAUCCUGAAACACGUCAAUUAUUGUCCACAGCAAAUUGAGCAGAUCGUUGCGUCUAUUGGCGCCGAUGAUCGAGUGAGCCAUCUGUUGAGUAAUGAUGACGUUAAAGCUUACCUGUUAGAGUGCGCACGACUCUGUCUGCUGAUGGCGGCAUCUGACCCGCCUGUCUUUGUGGAGUGCCCGGGGAGGCCGGACCUUGGUCUUGAGGAACGCGUGCUUGACGUCAAACAACGAAAGUCGUCCCAUGGUAUUUCCGCUCGCCAGACCGGAAGGAAUACGAACGGUCAGAAACGUACCAGUGGUGCCCGGAUUCAGUUUAACAAAGCCAUCUUCAAGGAGUACACGACGCGUGGAGCAUUCCUGGAGUAUGUCGUCUGGCCGGUCAUGUACGUCAAUAAAGGCGGGAACAUGUUGUCAAGGGGCGUGGCUCAGGGUACUGGGGAGAAAACUCCGCCCCUAGAGAAUGGGCCGUGGAUUUGGUGGAAAUAGUCUGGUGAAUAUGUUAUAUAUAAUAUGCUCAUUCAUCGGGGAACAGAUAAAUAUAAUCAAAAUGACCCGUUCACAAAUAGACCAAUCGGAAAAUUUCCUGGCUAAAGUUCUUGUCAGGUUUCUACAAAAGCUGAUGUCUAUAAAUCAGCGUUCAUUAUACAACGAACGUUGAGUUAUUUUGUACAAAGAGUUUUGCAAAUGUUAAUUAUAAAUUAAAAUUUUGACAAUUAUGAAUCGAUUGUAAUGCAAAACGAUUGAGCGAUGUAGAGUAUAUGUUGCCAAAACUGUUUACAACAAUUAUUCAGAUAAUGUUAAAACAUUUCAUAUUUUUAUAAUGUGAAAUGUUGGCUGCAUAAAAUAAAGCACCUAACUGGUAGAAGAGAAUGUAUUUUGCGGACAUUUAGAGCUGAAGUAAUAUAUGUAUUAUUACGAUUUUAGUAUUAUAGAUAUAUUAUCAUGUUGUAUCAACUAUAUAAUUACCAUGUAAAAAUUGUCUCGGACGAGUCUUUUUAAUGGCAUUUGGAUUAUGUGCUGACCUAAGGCCAGGUUACGUUUCCACACAAAUAUUAACAAAAAUAUCAACUACUAAUAUACUUAAGAUAUUCACCGAGAACAAUUAUAUUGUACAUUUGUGAAAAUAAAAAUGUAUAACCAA